ACUGGAGCAGCUCACGCAUUAGCAAUAAAUCUGUUCGUAAAUGAGUUUGCAUUUUAAAGAACUUACGAGUUGAAAUGAUAAAGGAGGAAUGAGUGCACAAAGUGAGGUUAAGGUGUACGUCCGCACCAGACCCACAGUACAUUUUGCCCAAGAGCUUGUAGAAUUCUUGCCUGAUAAAAAGACUAUCAGGGUGCGCCAGAGGAAGGAUUACAGAAUUAGGAGGGUAAUAAAUCAGAUAAGCUCAUGGUCUUUUCAGGUGAAUGGGGUGCUUCACAACACAUCUCAAGAAGAAGUCUAUCAGCACGUUGCACAAAGUGUGGUGCUAGGAGCUCUGGAUGGCUACAAUGGUACCAUUAUGUGCUAUGGACAGACUGGGGCUGGAAAGUCGUAUACAUUGACUGGUGCUAUUGACAGCUACCAAAAAAGAGGCAUCAUUCCUCGUGCCAUACAGCAGGUCUUUCAUGAAAUACAGAGUCGUGUGGAUCACACUUUCUCUGUGCAACUCUCCUUUCUGGAAAUCUACAAUGAGACACUGGUGGACCUACUAUCCUCAGUUAACGGGGGUCGAGUGACACAAGCCGGAAACUUAACUGUAGUGGAUGAGCCUGCGGGUGGGGUUUCAGUAAAGGGUCUGUCUCUUCAUUCAGUUUACAGUGAAGAUGAGGCCCUAAAACUGUUUUUUGAGGGUGAGAUGAACAAAAGAACUGAAGUGCAUCCACUCAAUAAGAACUCAUCAAGGUCACACUGCAUAUUUACUAUCUACAUUGAGUCUCACUCAUGCGUCCUGUCAAAUGUUACAUAUACCACAACCAAACUCAAUCUGGUGGACCUCGCAGCUUCAGAGAUGCUGAGCAAAUCUGGAUCCGAGGGCCGGCUGCAGAGAGAGGCUGUGUACAUUAACACAUCUUUGUCAUUCUUGGAGCAGGCCAUCUUGGCCUUGGCUGAGCCACACCGCGAGCAUGUGCCCUUCAGACAAAGCAAGUUGACCCAUGCUCUCAAAGAUUCUCUUGGUGGCAAUUGUAACACAGUGCUGGUGGCCAACGUUUAUGGCGAAGCAGCACAUAUUGAUGAAACGCUCUCCACUCUGCGGUUUGCAGCCAGGAUGAAGUGUGUGCGCACUGAGCUGUCAAUCAACAAACGCAUUAACCCUCAUCUCCAGGUUCUAAAACUGCAAAAGGAAAUUCAACUUCUGAAACAGGAACUUUUCUUUCAUGACAUAAUGACUAAUCAGACCAGGUCGAUGUAUGAGGACCUAUCGGAGACGCAGGUAGAGAUGGUUAAGAGCCAGGUUCACAGGUACUUGGCUGGCACACUGGAUGAGAUUGCGAUUGUGAGUAUUAGGCAGAUCCGGGAAGUUUUUGCCCGGUUUAAAAAUGCUGUCCUAAAGGAAGAACAGCGGGUUAGAGAGCAGAUCUGUCAGGAAUAUACUUUGGUGAAGAAAACUCAAAGAAUGCCAACUUCCUCUGCUGUAAGUAAACCUGGAGGAGCUAUAGAGGAGGUGAAAGACACCAGGUUUGGCCUUGCUGUGACUUCAUCCUCACCGAGUUCUAGUCAGUCACCCAGCAAAAGCAAAGGCAAGAAGGGUAAAGAGAGCAGCAGAAAGGAUGGAGGAAGUUUGUACCCGGCCAUGCAACCCGUUGUAACCCAGAGAGAGACAGAAUCUGACGGCAUUGAGGGCCAACACACAACUACAGAAAAAGCCGAAGAGAGAAAUGUCAGCACUCCUCCACCUAACGCAGAAGCAUUUGAAAUGUUUAAGGCAGAGAGGGGUAGUGAGAUCAAUCGUGUCCUGAAGGAGAACAAGACUGUGCUGCAGGCGCGUCUGGCUCAACUGCAUAACCUCGUAGAGACCAUUAACUCUACCAAACGGGACAUUGAUCGCAUGAGCUCUGAACUUCAACUGUGUAGAGAACAGAGACAAAGUCAGGGCCGUUUUCUGAGUGAAGAUGGAGAGCCUGUACUGGAGGAGACAGAGGUAAAUCUGCACAUAAAGCUUAGACAGAUGAAGACUGAGUACAGGCAGAUGUAUGAGGAGCUGCUUAGCACCAAAUCUCAAGUGCAAUACUGUCGGGACAUGGUUGAUCAGUGCAGGAAACGCCUGCUGACUGACUUUGAGAAAUGGUACAACGAGUCCUUCCUGUCACAAGUUGAGUUUCAGCCCCUCAUCCUGAAUGUUGAAGAGGUGGUCCCUGUGGACAGAGCUUCGACUUUGGAGAGACUGGAGCAGGACCACUUUGAACAUCUUUACACUGGUUUGGCUGAAGAUGAUCUUAGUGCCAUGACAUUUUAUAACAUGCAUAAGAGAGCUGCACAGAGGAGGACCAGUACACCAGUUCCUGUCAGUCCUAAGAAGAGGAGCAUAAAAUCUGGAACAAAUAAACUCACCAUGGUCAAUGGGAGGAGGUGCUAACAUAACCAUAACCAUCAUCAACUCAUGUUAUCCUGCCCAAAUUAUAUAAUUUAAAUAUAUAAUUUGACCAUCAACAAUUAAAGCUCAGUAUGAUUAUGGGAAA